AUGGGAAAUUGCUUGAAGCCAUCAGCAAGACAAAGGCAACAGGAAGAGGAAGUCUUGAAGAAGUAUUACGAUCAAGUUUAUCAAGAGAGAGAAUUGGGGGCUGAGUUUGGGAAAGAAAGUGAUGAUGAUUUUGAUGAGAAGGGUAGUCUUAAGGUCAAGAUAGUGCUCACAAAGGAGGAGCUGGAGUGGCUGAUGCUUCAGCUGAAGGUUAAUGAAGGGAAGAAGCUAGAAGAUGUUCUGCAAGAGAUUGAAAGAGAGAGAGAAAGAGGGAAAGUUAAAUCUUGGAAACCUUCUCUGGAGAGCAUCCUGGAGAGCCCUGAAGGACUUGAGAUGGAAAGAUUAUGA